ACAUCAUAUAUCUAAAUAAAAGAACAUGAAAACAUCAAUAGAGAAGGUAAAAACAAAGCAAACACGGCAGAUUUUUAGAGGAAGACAGAUCUGGAUUUGAUGGAAGGAAUCCCACUCACGGGAUCAAGCUUCCACCAUUUCCUUCUCCAUUUUCCCAAAAAAAAUCCUCUGUUCCAGAAUUGUACCUAACAAUGGCAACCGAAGAUGAAAUUCCUCAAUCUUCUUUCUCAAACAGAGUCUCCUUCCAGCAGAAAAAUCCCUCCUUUUCUCUACCGUCGACACACACACAAAACCAGAAGACAAAUCCAACUCCAAAAUCAAUCCCAGACCCCUCAAAUCCAAACUCCAAAAUCAACCAAAAGACCCCCUCAGCUCCCAAAAGGAACCCGAAAAUCAACCAGCCAAAUUCCCCUAGACCUCUACCUUUUGCUCUAUAUAUACACCCAAAAUGAUAAAAAUAAAAUAAAAAAUGAAAUAAAAAAAAGGGGGCCUUGCUUUGUCAAUCACCAAUGAUGCUAAUUUUGUCUGGCAUUGCUGUUUUUUUCUGUAGGUGAGGCAGGGGCAUGGCUGUAGGCUCGGUGCAGCAGAGGUGGGGAUUGGGGCACAGGCUCAAUGCAGUAACAGGGGCGCAGGCGUGGCAGGGGAGUGCAGGCGAUCUGGGCGCAGAAAGCUGGGUUGGUGCAAUGCAAGGCUGGUGUUGGCUGGUGGGGGGCGCAGAGGGUGCACGGGAUCUGGGCGCAGAGCAGGGAGCAGGGGUGCAGGCGUACCGUGCAGCAGCAGGGGAUCUCGGCGUAGGGAGUAUUGGUUCAGGAGAAGAAAAGGGAGAAGGCUGGGGUGAGGAUGCAGAGUAGGGUUCGGGUAUGAGGAAGAAAGGCUGGUUCGGGUGUGCAGGAAGAAGGCCGGGGUGUGCGGGGAAGAAGGUGGCUUUGGAGAACAAAAGAUUUGAUCUUUU